CUCUUUACAGCCUUGGCAGGUGAUGCAGGAGCUCACACGGGGCUUGAAGAGCCUCCCUGCUUAUCUGGUUAUAAUUAACGCGAGGUGACCUGGUUUCAGCACCGCUGCUCUUCAACAGCUCCAGUGCACGGCGGAGAUUUGGCCAGCCCCUCCCCGCCCGGUGCGUCCACAGAGCGGCUACUCCAGGGCGCAGCCUCCGCGGCACUUUCAGCACCAGCGGCCGGCCGAAGCGGAGCGGAGCUGUCCACACAUUCAGCACUUUGGCGGAGGGAACCAAAACCACGGACAGCAAGGCAGCCAGGACCCAUCUUCGCCCCUGGACACUCCGAGACAGCUUAUUUCAGGAUGGCGACAAAAAACAUCGGCCUUUUCUUCCUUUUCCAGCUUCUAGCCCUGAAUGUAGUGAGCCAGAUAUCUGCCUUCCCCACACCUACAGCCUCAACGGAUGAUAAAACUGUGUACAAUAGACAGUUGACAGAAGAAAGGCCACUACAAGAGCAGAUUGCUGAGGCGGACAGCGUGAAGGCUGCGGUGCAGUCAGCUGAGAGCAAGCGUCCCUCUGCCUCCAAGGACGCAGAGUCAGAGCAGGACCUUGAUGACUUCACUGUGCUGAAGUCACUGGCUGACAGCCAGAAAUCAAAGGAAACCACUGAGGUGCCGCUCAAGAAGGAGGACCAGUACGUCCCUGAUGAGUCAGACUCAACCAAGAGCCGGCGUUUGGCCGAGGACUACGACUCCACCAAGAAUGGGAUGGACUACGGCAAGUACCAGGAUGACCCGGAAAGUUUCCGCCAGGUUGACGGCACUCCACUAACUGCAGAGGACAUUGUCCAGAAGAUCGCAAACAAGAUCUACGAAGAGGACGACAGAGGGGUUUUCGACAGAAUCGUCUCAAAACUGCUCAAACUGGGGCUGAUCACAGACAGCCAGGCGGAUACUCUGGAGUACCAGGUGGCCGAGGCUCUCCAGGAUCUCAUUACCGAAAAUGCAAAGAACAACGAGAUCGAAGACGUUGAGAGCAACGACCAAGAGACCAGGGGAGAGCAGGACAACCAGGGUUCAGACGCAAACAAGGACACGUGGGAGCCACCAAGGCGCCGGUACAAUGAAGACGAGGAUGAUGAGGAAGAAAACGAUGAAGAGAUUGAGGAUGAGGUGGACAGGGAUGUAGAGGAAGACGGGAGUGACACAGCCGACAACACCUGGGACAAAGACGAGGGCAAUGAGGUGAGCCCUGAAGACGGGCUCCAGGACCUGCAGUACUUCCCCAACUUCUACCGCCUGCUCAGGAGCCUUGACUCAGAUCAAGACACUCAGGAGAGAGAGACACUGAUCACCAUCAUGAAGACUUUGAUUGACUUUGUGAAGAUGAUGGUGAAGUAUGGCACCAUCACGCCAGAGGAGGGAGUGUCCUAUCUAGAGAACCUGGACGCUAUGAUCGCCAUGCAGACUAAGAACAAGCUGGGCAAGUCUCUCGGACCUCCUGACUUCACUGGACCCAAUGGAAAAAACUUAGACGAGGACGACAACACCAAAGCUGAGGCGGCCAAGAUGCAGAAGGAGUAUGAGAACCUGAAAGACUCAACCAAGGAGGAGCAGCCGUCAACUGAGACCAGUCAACCUGGCAAGUCAGAGACUUAUCUGGAGGCCAUCAGGAAGAACAUCGAGUGGUUGAAGAAACACAACAAAGAGGAAGGCAAAGAUGAUUACGACCUGUCCAAACUGAAGGACUUCAUGGACCAGCAGGUGGACUCCUACAUUGAGAAGGGCAUCAUUGCCAAAGACGAGGGUGACACCAUCAAGAGGAUCUACAGCAGCCUGUAACAUCCUCGCCCAUCCUCCUACCGACCUCUGGCCUAAACAGAACUGAGUCUGACAUAAACAAAACCCUGACGACUUAAAGUUAUUUCCCAUGGCAUGGUAAAGUAUAUACUGUGUAUUCAAAACUACCUGCUUAGGGGAACUUGUAUACCCUCCCAGACAUUCCCAAAAUGUAUCAAGAUAAGGGAUUUCAUAAUACUAUCAACAAAACAGUCAAGUGAUUCUUUACAGCUACCUAACUGAUUGCAUUUGCACGCCAGGAUCGCAGAGUAAUAAUCACUAGAGAGAGAAAUCAAAGUAUUUUAUGUAACCAACUCACACGUCCAACUAAAUGCUAGCAUUUACUCCAACCUGACUCCUGUGGGAAAUGAAUGUUAUGAGAGUAUGAUGCUGUAGCUUUGUCAUCAAUUGUUUCCUUUUUUUUUUGCAACAAAAUGCACAUAUAUCAAACUGUACCCAUUCUGUGUAACCUGUCUUAGCCUAUUAUAUUCCUUUUUUUCCAGUGUAUAUGUGAGAUCUUAAUGUAUUCUUGCUUUUUAUUUUACCAAAAAUAUAUUUGUUGUGCAUCAUGUCAGUGCCCUCUGUACUCCUGCUAUGUUCUGCUGUAAUUCUUUGGGGGCCCACUAGGGGGCCACGUUUGUAUCAUCAAUUCUCUCUGCAUGUCUCUGUGAGUUCAACAUUUCCAUCUCUGUAGAGACUCAAGAUAAGUAUUUUUAAAUGUAAAUAUUUGUGAUUUUUUCCUAAAGUUUAAAAGCAAUUAAAACAUUGCCUUUUCUU